GGGGCGUGGCAUGGGCGUGUCCCCACACACCGGGGCGGGCGGUGGCGGCGGCGGCUCGGGCCGCGCUGUCCGGUGCCGGGGCUGGCGCGGCGAUGCCCGAAUGCCCGGAGCUGCACCUGGCCGCGCGGUACAUCAACGAAGCGUGCGGCGGGGUGGUGUUUGCGGGCGGCGUGGAGCGCUCGGCGGUGGGCAGAGGCCCGGAGGUGCCUUUUUCCAGCGAGGCCUACCGCAUCUCGGCUGCUUCCCGGGGCAAGGAGCUGCGGCUGAGGCUGGCCCCGCUGGGUCCCGGUGCGUCCCAGGAUCUCGUCUUCCGUUUCGGCAUGUCGGGGUCGUUCCGGCUGCACCCCGCCGCCCAGCUCCCCCGCCAUGCCCACCUCCGCUUCCUCACCCGCGAGAACCCCCCGCGCGCCCUCUGCUUCGUCGACGUCCGCCGCUUCGGCUCGUGGCGGCUGGGUGACGCCUGGCAGCCCGGCCGCGGGCCCUGCGUCGUCUCCGAGUACCAGGCCUUCAGGGAGAACGUGCUGAAGAACCUGGACGACAAAGCUUUUGAGAAGCCCAUCUGCGAGGCUCUCUUAAACCAGAAGUUUUUCAAUGGAAUUGGGAAUUAUCUCCGCGCUGAAAUCCUGUACAGGUUGAAGAUCCCUCCCUUCGAAAAGGCUCGGACCGUGCUGGAGGCCCUGAAGGAGCAGGAGCAGGCGAGGAGGAAGAAGAAUCCUUCCCUGACGCUGAGCAAGAAGCUGAAGCUGAAGCGGGAGAACCCGGAUCUCCUGGAGCUGUGCCACACUGUACCCAUGGAGGUCAUCACGGCGGAGAAAAAACUCUUUGACCCAGAUGACUCGGAUAACUACGCCGCUUUCAAGAACUGGCUGCAGUGUUACUUGGUGCCCGGCAUGAGCUCCCUGCGUGACCGCAACGGCAGGACCAUAUGGUUCCAGGGAGAGCCCGGCCCCAUGGCUCCCAAAGGGCAGACGUCCCGCAAGAAGCGCGCUCAGCUGAAGGCAGAUCCCGAGGCUCCGACCCCUGAGGUCACCACGCACACCUCGAAACGACGCCCCAGGGCUGCAGCAAAACCCCCGAAGCUGGUCACAGAGGAGGAGGAGGCGGCUGCCAAGCCAAGGAAGGGACGUUCCCGCGGGAGGAGGAGAGCAGCUGCUGCUCCGGACUCAUCUGAGCCUGAGCCUCCGGCCAAAGCCAAAAGAAGCCGCCGGACGACUGCGCGCAGGGGCAGAGGUGGAGCCCCUGCCGUGUGACUGCUGCGCUUUAACAGCCGCAGAAGCUCAGGGAGGGCCUGGCCGGGGGCCUGGGUUAGUGCUGGGGAGAAACAGAGCUGCUCUGGGCCUGUGCUCGUGCCCGCUCGCUACCGCUGCGUUCUGCUAGUGCGAAAAGGUGACAGGGCUGAUUUAUCCAGCAUCCUCCUGCUGUCCCCAGGCAUUCGAAGGGUUAAGGACCACGGACCGCACAUGGUGCUGGACUCUGACCCUUCCCUCUGCCUAAAAGCGGAUUCCCUCUUCCUUCCUCUCUUCCCUUUCUGGCUUGGAUCACUGUUUUUAGCUGACAAAUAAAAGUAUUUUUGUGCAGAAA